AUGGAAAUCAUAGACAAUUCUAAACUCGAAUUUGGCUCUAACCGUGUAAAGGAACUUCAGGUUUUUGAUGACACAAAACUUGGUGUCCAAGGACUAGUAGAUGCGGGGGUAGAAAAAAUCCCCAAGUUGUUCAUUCGAUCCCCAGAUGAACUAGCUGAAGAAUCGGAUCAUCCCCGUGCCCAGGUUGAGUUUCCGGUGAUUGAUCUCAAUGGCCUUUUGACAGAUCGACGCAGGAAGAUCAUUGAUCAAGUCCGAAGUGCAUCCGAGGAGUGGGGAUUUUUUCAAGUGGUGAAUCAUGGGAUACCCCCAAGUGUGUUAAGUAAAAUGAGACAGGCAGUACGCAAAUUUAACGAACAGGAGAUUGAUGUGAAGAAACAGUUCUAUUCGCGCGAUACUGCAAGAAGAGUGAGAUUCAACAGCAACUAUGACCUGUAUCAAUCUCAAAGAGCAGAUUGGAGGGACACAUUAUCUGUUUCCAUGCUUAGGUCAGACCAUGUUGACCCUAAGGAGUUGCCUUCCAUUUGCAGAGAUGAAGCUAUGGAGUUCAUUGAUCAAAUUGGAAAAAUUGGAGAGACAAUCUUUGAAUUGCUAUCAGAAGCUCUUGGUCUCAAACCAGACUACCUAAAAUCCAUAGAAUGUAACAAAGGUCGGACCCUUGUAUGCCACUAUUAUCCAGCAUGUCCUGAACCAGAAUUGGCUAUGGGAGUAACUAAGCAUACCGAUAACACAUUCCUUACUAUUCUCACAGAAGAUCAAACUGGUGGUCUUCAAGUGCUUCAUGAUAAUCAAUGGGCUGAUGUUCAACCUAUUGCAGGAAGCUUAGUAGUAAACAUCGGUGACCUUCUCCAGAUUAUAUCAAAUGACAAGUUCAAGAGCAACGUGCACAGAGUCCUGCCUAGUCCUGAGCCAAGAAUUUCGGUGAUAGGAUUUUUUGCUGGACGUGUUGCUCCACCUGCCAGGCUCUACGGUCCAAUCAAAGAGUUGUUAUCAGAAGAAAAUCCUCCGAAGUUUAGAGAAGUUUUAGUCAGUGAAUAUGUUGGCAGGUUCUUUACCAAAGGACUCCAUGAGAAGCCUAGUGUCAACGACUACAGGCUCUGA